AUGGCAGCACCCACGAACCGCGCCGCCUGGCUCCGCGAACUGAACAUGCCGCUCGAAGUCGGGCCCGCUGAGAUGGGCAAGCCGGGACCCAACGAAGUUCUCAUCAAGAACCGCGCCGUCGCCAUGAACCCUGUCGACUGGAUGAUGCAAUACGGCACUUUCCCGGCCGGCCCGCUGCCGAGGAUCCUGGGCAACGAUGUCGCCGGCGACAUUGUCGAGGUCGGCGAGGGCGUCACGCAGUUCGCCAAAGGUCAGAGGGUGCUCGCCCACUGCAUUGGUCUGGCUACCAACGAGUCCAAGUAUGGCGCGUUUCAGGAGUACGCGGUGGUCCCGACUGUAGGGUGCUGCGUGAUUCCGGACGGGAUGAAAUACGAAGACGCGUGUGUACUUCCCCUGGCCAUCUCGACGGCCAGCAUAGGGCUCUUUCACGAGGAGAGGAUGGGUCUCACGACUCCCAUGGACCCCAUGGAGAAGAGCCAGCCUGAAGAGGCUAUCCUCGUCUGGGGAGGCAGUUCUAGCGUCGGAAGCGCCGCGAUACAGCUGGCUGUCGCCACCAAAUAUAGAGUCGUAACGACAGCCUCUCCGCGAAACUUUGACCUGUGCAGAAAGCUGGGCGCGAGUGAGGUUUUUGAUCACACUAGCCCUGGGAUCGUCGGGGACUUGACGGCGGGAUUACAGAAAUGGGCCUGUCGGGGAGCUUUUGAUGCUAUUGCGACGAGAGAUACGCAGUUGAAUGCGGCGCAGGUACUGGCUGAGCUUGGGGGAGGGGGGAUGGCGGUUGUGCUGGCCCCUAUCAAGGAACUGCCAGCAACCGUGGAAGCCAGAGGCAUCUACGCCGUGUCUAUCCUCCAGCAAGACGAGGCCCUUGGGAAAGCAAUAUACCGAGACUUCCUGCCGCGGGCGCUCGAACAAGGGCUGAUCAAGCCGGCCCCGCCAUCGGAUGUCGUCGAGCACGGCGUCGAGCAUAUUCAGGUAGCUGUUGAUAAGUUGCGGGCUGGAGUGUCCGGGUCGAAGGUGGUGGUGACGCUUUAG